AUGUUUGUUCUUCGAUUACUCUCGCUCGCGCCACUGGCGUUGGCCUCCGUCCUUCCUCGUCAAGAGGCUGUCAACUAUGAUGGCUACAGAGUCUAUCGCGUCGCGACUGCUGGUCAAGAUGCGGCUGUUCUCGACGCUCUAUCAGCCCUCGAUUACGAGCAGUGGGCCCACAAGGCUUCCGACUACAUCGAUCUUUCCGUCGCCAGCGAUCAGGUCGAGACAUUCGAGGCUCUCGGUCUGAAUUAUCAAGUCAUGCACGCCGAUCUUGGUGCCGACAUUGCAGAGGAGGCUCAGAGCAUGGCCGCUCCUGUUAAGCGACAGGCUGGAAAUCAAGGUCCAGGUUCGACUUGGUUCAAUGCAUACCACUCAUAUGCCGACCACGUUCAAUACUGGCGCGAUCUCGUUGCGGGCUUUCCCAACAACGCCCAGCGAUUUACCGCUGGCUCUUCCUUCGAGAACCGCGAGAUUUUCGGAGUCAAGCUGUUCGGCAACGGCACCUCCACCAACAAGCCAGCUUUGGUCUGGCACGGCACAGUCCACGCUCGCGAAUGGAUCAGCACGAUGACUGUCGAGUUCCUUGCCGCCAGCAUUGUUGAUGGCUACAAGAAGGGCAACCCAGAGUUCACUGCCAUUCUGAACAAGUACGACAUCUACAUCCUGCCUGUCGUCAACCCCGAUGGAUUUGUCUACUCGCAGCGCCUUGAUAGACUGUGGCGCAAGAACCGAGCACCGGGACCUUCAGUCCUCGGCCGUGUCUGCUACGGUACCGACAUCAACCGCAACUGGCCAUACCAGUGGACUGGUGACCCGAACGGAGCCUCCACCGACCCUUGCGCUCAGACCUACAAGGGAAGAUCUGCUGGUGAUACUCCAGAGAUGAAGGCACUUACCGCUCAAUUGAAGACCGUCACCGAUCGCCAAAACCUCGUGCAAUACAUCGACUUCCACAGCUACGGCAACUACCUCCUCUCUCCUUACGGCUACACUCCAAACGUGCCAGCCAACUCUGCGGCACAGGUGUCUCUGGCGAGACGCGCUGCCGCCGCCAUCACCGCUGUGUACGGUACUGGAUACACCACUGGACCUUCCGGAGCGACCCUUUACCCCACUACUGGUAGCAGUACCGAUUACGCUCAUGAUAUUGCUGGUGCGGACUACUCGUACACAUUCGAGCUUCGCGACAAGGGCCAGUUUGGUUUCUUGCUGCCCGCAAACCAGAUUCGACCUACUGGUGAGGAAGUCUUGGCUGGUAUCAAGGUUUUGAUCGCAGGUAUCUAG